AUGCGGCUCUGCUGCUGUCAAAACGCGGAAGAUGCCGUGGCCGACAAGCGGGCGGCAAUUGCCGUGAUGGAGAAGAAGGGCCUGAGGAGGUGUACCCCACCAACAACGAUUCCGCGGCAGUGUGUGGAGGUGGCGGUGCAAAUAAACGUGUAUAGUUUGCUGGAGCAGAACAAGCGGCUAAAGAAGGUGGGAAUGGGCGUCUACCACUGCGGCGUCGUCGUAUACGGCAUCGAGUGGGGGUACGGGGAGUGCGUCGAGUCGGCCAACGCCUCGGGAAUGUUUUGCGUGUACCCAGGGCAGGCCGCUGGCACUCUCUACCGCACAGUUUUCUUGGGCGUCACCACCCGGUCCCCGCAGCAGGUGGACACCAUUCUGCACAGGCUAGAGAAUGAGUGGCGCAGCGGUGAUUAUCACAUUCUCAAUCACAACUGCAACCACUUUGCGCAGCGCUUCUGUGAUUUGCUGUCCACGGUGCAGAAGUUGCGGCUUCCAGGGUGGUGCAAUCGUGCAGCGCGGGUGUGUAACAGGGUUGUUCCGAGGAAGUUAGCCACAUACCUCCAUCGCUUGGUCGAUGAGGAGCCGCCAAAGGCUCGAUUACCUGAUCUUUCACGCAUCGGUGAAAUCCCUGAGUCUGUGAUACCGCGGGGCUGGUACCUCCACCCCUCCAUCUCGCAACAGCCUCGCUACACCAGCUCUUGCGUGCCUGGGAGGGCAGAGCUCUCUCCGCUUGAGGCUGGGGGACCAGCCUCGUACCCCCUGUGCCUCGACGACCCCAGCGCCCGCACCGACGUGGAUACAGGCUCAGAAGCAACAAUGGCUACCCCCGCUAUUUUGAACAUCGAUGCGUUGCGGCAGGAGUCUCUGGGGCGCGAGGAGUAUUCACCCACAGCUGCGCCUUUACCGUUGUUGCACGACAAGCAUGGGGUUCUCUACCUGGCAACUGGGAGUGGCGUCUGUCUUCCAGGGCACAGUGGCCCUCCAACCGACCCCACUUUGCACACCAGCGAUGGUAAACAGAGGGAAGAGCGAGGCAACGCACCACUUGCGCCUCAGGCGUCUCAGGGGAGCAUCUCCCAGGUGACACAAAUAAAGGCCGUGGAAGGGCACAGAGUGGUUGCGGACGCAAGCCCGCAUAUUGAUGACGAUAGUACGCAAAAGGGCGUGGUGAGGGAGGAGGUGCAGACCAACGCCGAAGAGGAAGAAACCAAGAGUGUAUUCUACGCUUCAUUGCAUGCCCCACAGACCGAGGACAUGAACGAAGAACAGGUUUUAGUCCGGUUUGGGAAACUAGAGACGCUGUCUACGUACUCCUCGACGCAGGAACUCGACAACGCGGAUGCGGAGGAGGAUGGCGCCGUUGCAAAGGAAUACUUGAAGGAAGAGGAUAGGGACGCCUCCUUGGCCGCUGGCAACUGCGAGCGCAUGUACUCGUCAUCCGGGCCGGUGGUGUGGAGGGCUGCAAGUAAGGAGGGUGCCCACUUUAUUGCUCCGUCGAGCCCCGCAAGCAGCGUGGAAGACAACCUAGCAAAAACCAUGACACCAGCAAAAAAAAGAGGCGAGAGGACUUUGACGAGACGUGCGUCGUAUUCUGAAGCCAGAUUCUCCAAGCCUAUGUCGAAUGUUGCGAGGCGGAGAGCAACGGUGACGGGCGAUUCCACCCAAGUCGCCUCUCUGCAUCUGGAAGAAGCCACGUCUCUGGGUUCCUGUGUUGCCCCGUUUGCAGGAGUUGGCAGAAAGGCUCCGGCAGCUUUUGCGUCGCCUUUAAUGGAGGCUGAGGAAAUGAACAUCGAGUCAUCUGGCUCUCUCUACAGUGAGCCUGAAGGUACCAACUCGGACGCUUCAGUUUUGCCCCGCCUGUCGCAGAAUCUGCCAUCAACACCGAUUGCGGAGAAUACAUCCAGUGCGAGCCGUUUUGAAGCGUUGUUGCCUUUGUGCAGCCCGCCAAACUUGCGGAGAACAUAUUCUUAUCCUCCCUGGGGCGACUAG